AUGAAAGCUACAUUAGAACACUUCAUUGAUCUAUUUAAUGUUCUUAAGGAUGAGUUGAAAGCUGGUCUGCAAUCUGUCCCAAAGGCUACGAUAGAUGAAUUAAAUUCAUUGGUGAAACAACUUGAAGCACUUUUUGAAUCCUCAACCUUACCUUUUGAUAAACAAUUGAUUGAUCGUCUCAAGAACAGCAUUCGAAUAUUCAUUGAAGUUUUGAUGGCACAAGAAUACAACGAUUCAAACUUGAUUUAUUUCAUUAUCAACUUAACUAUGAGCAGGUUAUUUCAGGAUAUGGGUUUGGAAAUAAAACAAUAUUGGCCUGUUCUAAUGAAAUUUAUGGUGUUUGCAGACGACUCACAUAUGUUGGAGCUUAUGAUUGACAAUUGUUUGAACUCACAACCAUCGUCCUGGUUAUGUACAUUCCAGUUGUUAAAUUUUAUCAGUUAUAAACAUAAUACUAAUUUGAUGAAGGAUCUUAAGAAGUUAUUGAACAGUAGAAGCAAUGUGGUUAAAUUUCAUUCUCUGGUUAAGGAGAAUCGAGAUUUUUCAAAUUUAAUGUUUCUAAUGAAAUUAUUUGUGAAUUUAGGAUUGACUGGAAAAUUUCUCCCUGAUUUGAAAGAAAUUAAUCCACAAACUCAAAUCAAAUACAUUUCUCGGAUAAAUCCAUCUUUUAAGAACUUAAUAUUAUGCAAGACGAAAUCCCAAGCAACGAUCUUACCUGAUAACAAUGAUUGCUUUCUUCAUCCAAUCCAACCUAACUUAUUAAUUCUCUGGACAGGUUCCAAAAGAAAAUUAAUUCCAUAUUUUAUCAAUUUGAUGACAAUAGAAUCAUUUUCCACUUUACCAAAUGCUACCAUCAGAUUUUCAUUUAAAUGUAAGGAUUAUCGCCAGCUUAGAUCAUGUGAUCCUUCAAUUAUUGAUUACAUGCAAUCAUUCUCAAUGAUUAUGGAAGGCACUGAAUUUUUUGAUAUCAUGUUUGAAGUCAAGUUAAAGCAACCUUCACAAAUGGGAUGGCUUAUCAAUUAUUUGAAGAAUGCACAAGAUUGUCACAAAGCAAAGAAAGUUUCCAUUAAUUCUUCUAUACAAGUACCUGCGACACAAGAGAGUGUUAGUUCUGAAGUAGAACCCACGAAUGUAUUGGACAAAAUGACGACUUCAAACAUUAGAUGUAUCAUCGAAAAUUCCAAAAACAAUGAAGUUCGAAAACGCAAACGUAAUUCUUCAGGUCAGUUUAUUGCUAAACUUGAUUGUCUCAAUUUUGAUGAAGAUGUUCCAAUUUUGUCUAGUCACGGAGUGAAGAGAAGGCAUUAUGGUAGCAACAAAAACAAUGCCAGUAAAAGCAUAUGGGAGAUACCAAGUUCCGAUGAAGAUAAUAUUAAUGAAACUGACGUAUUGGAAACAUCUCAAUUUUCACAAUUGGCCACCUGCAAGGUUUCCACUCCUUCCAAGUCUACCACUAGAGAUGUUCAACUUGGAGAUGACGAAUCUGAACAGUCAAUGGCGAUUUUGCCAAAAGCAGGAAGAAGAGGAAAGAGAAAUCAAAUACUUGAUACUCAGUUGUUGACGCAGGAUGUAUCGGACGAAAUAGUUGAAUCAUCUCAACCUAUCGGAUCCCAAAAAGUUAAGGAUAAUGUAGCUAACCAUACUGAAUCUGAAAAUGCAAGCACUGGCAAUUACCAAAAAUCAGAUGCUACAACAUGUUUCCGCAACCAAGCAGAGGUUCCCAAAGUAGUCAAUUCUGUCCCUCCAGAAACACCUUCAAAGGUAUCUAGUACCAGUGUUGAUCGAGAGCUUGCUCUUCAUUUUCAGGAGAACAGCACUGCUAGUCAAGAGAUGCUUGCAAUCUCGACUCCAACCGGUGUUGAACGAGAAGAAUUCACGAGUAUUACUUUGAACGAAUCCACAAAUAAGACAAGUAUGCUUGAAUGCGGUAAAGAUCAAGGAUACGAUGUAAUUACCGAAGGCUUGAAGUUGCUAUCAGAUAAUUUAAUUAAUAAGCUCAAAUUGCUUGAAUUUAAUGUACUUAAGAAAAGAAAUGAAUUACAGGAAGAUAUUAAUCGUGAAUUUAAAAUUAUUGAGGAAAUGCAAAAACAGAAAUUGGCAGAGAUCAAAGAAUAUUAUAGGAAGGAAACUGAGAAGAUGUUUAACGAAGAAAAUUAA